AUGAAUCAACUGGCUUGGGCUAUAUGCCGCGAUAGGCCUGAAGAAGCCACCAAUAAGCUGUUCCACAAAGUGCAGGAGUGGCAAGGAAAGCUCGGUAAGCCCCAGUCGAAACCUGCUGUGUCUGACAAGGCCCCCUCCGAUGCCAAUACCUCCACCGAUGCCAAUACCACGCCCGCAACCAAUAGUGCCAAACCGAAGAGACAAGCACGUUUAGUUCAAAGAGAGCUAGCUAUGUAUGAUCCGCUCAAUGUUACAGACGACGAUAACGAAGAGGAAGAAGAACAAGAAGGAGACGAGGAACAAGAGGGAAGCCCAGGCGUAACCGAGCAUGAACCUUCCAAUCGACGUAUACGUGCACUGACGUCCAUUAUCAAAAAGAUCCUUGAUACAACCAAAAAACAAGCAUCGACAAAGAUCAUUAAAGAGACGGCAUUCAAGGGAACUGUUCUCACUGAUAAGCAAUGCAGCGCUGCCGCAAAGAUUGCAAACGCUUUGCGCCCAUACUACUGCCCUGAAGAUCAAGAUGAUGAACAAGGUCCAGCUCCUGUGACAGUGCACCAGGCUGCUCCUUUGGCAUACAUUACGAACGCUAUCGUUGAUAUAAUUGUUCCUCAACAGCAUGUACUUGCCGUGGCACCCGAAGUCCACCCAAAUGACCACGCUAUCCAUCUAUCAGCCAGUGCUUUGUAUACGCUUGUCUCGGAAAAGUACGAGAUGCCAUGCCGCGCAACUGGAAAGACUGUCACCAGCAAGCGUCAAGCUGGAAUUGGUGAAGCUCGCCGCGAUGUGAUUGGAGCGUUUUUCUCUCUUUCAAAAAUAUACAAAGCACUGCAGACAAGGGAUCUGGUCUUCGCUUAUCGUCUGACGUUCGUGAACCGUCAUACAGUCCGCGUACUAGGUGUAUCUGGACAUGAAGGAAGUGACAGUGACCAUGCCCACGAUACCGAGAAAGCGCCCCAAGGAGGUCCCAGUAAUGAAAUGGACAUGGAUCUGGUAGAAGGGAGCGAGAAUGAGCGUAAACCUGGCAGUGUGCUCAGUGAUAUCUUCGUCGAUGACAAGGCUACUGGCAAAGGCAAGCAACCUAUGGCACCUACAGAGACAAAGGGAAAAGGCAAACAGGCGAUGGCACGUACGAACCCAAAGGGAAAAGGCAAAGCAGGGACAGGAAAGUCACGCAAGGCCCACAACAAAAGCAGACGGAAAAAGCGCAAAGCCAAGUCGUUGCCAUCGGACCGUCCCUCGAAAAAAAGAAACAAGAACAAGGACAGUUCGCCAACGAAGAAGGACACGGACGUAGAUGAUGAGAAAGAAGGUAUCAAAGCACAACGUAUCAAGGAGUUUGAAACAUGCGCAAAGCGGCUUGCUGCUGAAGUGGCAAAACUGCAGAAGCAAGGAAAUGCCGUUGAGAACGAACGUGCUGAUUUGGCAAACGCUUUUCGUCGCGAGUGGAAGAUGACCAAAUUGCGGAACCGUGAAAAGUAUGGUGAGCUGCAGAUGGUACGCAAGCAAGCAAAUUCUGUUAUUGCUCAGGUCGCUCAGAAACAAAGGCAAUUGGCCGACACCCGAUCGCAGCUGUAUUUGAUGCAACAGAAACCCAAGGCAGAACCAGCUGCACUCGAUAAGGAACAGCAACUACUACAAGAAAAAAUUGUUGAGAGCCUUGCUACAAACAAGAACGUUGGUGUUAUCGGCGUGGACCCAGGGCUUGUAGUAUCAGCAACUUCUAUCACCACUACUGCCAAAGAUCUGUACCAAACAAUUGUUCCGUACACCCGUCCCCAGCCAUCAUCAUCGCCAUCUUCCUCUUCAGCACCUGAAACAGCACCAGUACAGCCAUCAGAUCCGCCGUCUGUGGCGCACCCGCUACCUCCAGCACAGACUUAUACAGCUAAAAAGAAAAGAGCAGCUACGCUGGAAGCAGCUCACCAAACCAGACGGGAACAGCACAAGAAGAAGCAUGGCGACAAUACUAGUGAUCAAGACAGACGACAAAAAGAAGCUCGCACUAGGGACAUCCGACACGACGUCUUUCAUCGGAAACUUGCGUCAUCGUGGAGGGUCACUGUCGUGGUGCGAACGCCACCUUACAACAACAUUUAG